GGCAAACGGAGAGCAUCUCCUUCGUGUGCCUGCCGACUCCAUCCAUCCACCCAUCCAUCCCUCAAACGAAAGGCAGCGAUGAGCAAGCGGCAUCAGCGCCGUCCGAUGCUGAACAUGGAGGAGUCCCUCAACCCCAAAGUGGACUCCUUCUCAUGGGCCGUGUAAGAAAGCAAAGAUGCAGUGCACAGAGGAGAUCCAGGAAUGAAUGCAUUGAUCCAUUUGUGUGGUGGGAUGUGGUGUGUGUGUUGUGUUGGUCCCUGUUCAGGGAUGCGCAAGGCAACCUGCAGCAUCGUGACACCGGGGUCAAGCUGGGCAGGGAGGGCAUCGAAGUCGAGGGAGAGGAAUUUGCCGUCAGAAGAGAUGAACUAGAGGUGACAGACAACCACAACUGUCAUGGAUACUGCCGCAUGAAGGAUCUUUCUGUGUUGUGUUGUGUUGUGUUGUGCUGCGUGUCAGUUUGACCCAAACAACGUGAUAGGCCGGGGCGCCUCAGGUGCGGUGAUCAAGGCCUUUCACAAGCCCAGGAACGAAUGGGUGGCACUCAAGGUGACGACCAAACAAACCAAGACCAGGUGCACGGCAGCAACGGCGUUUGGGUUUUGUGCAGGAGAUCAAGAUAGAGGACAGGGGGAAGCGCCACCAGCUGCUGGGAGACCUCAAGGUGGGGACGGACAUAGAGCAACGGACCGCAUGCAUGUGUCUGUGUCUUCAUGUGUAUGCGCAACUCAUGAAUGUGGACACGUUGCUGAGUGCAGGGCAUGGUGCAGGCCAAGGGGUGUCAGUUCCUGGUCGAGUUCAUCGGCGCAUACAUCGAAAGGGCAUGUAAGAGUAGUCGGCAUACGACUCGCACCAUGGCUGUUCUUAUCGCCACACGCAAACGUGUUUGUAUGCUUGGUUGGUUGGUUGUUGGUUGCUCGGUGCAGCGUCGGUGCAUUUGGUGAUGGAGUUCAUGGAUCGCGGGAGCAUCUUCGAUCUCAUCCGACACUGCAAGAAGCGCAACAUCAGCAUACCCAGCCAAGUGCUCGCCGCUAUCAUACACCAGGCAUGCAGACACACAUCCGUCCAUCUCUCCAUCUGUGCACCCAAUUCCUUCGUGGAUUCAUUUCUUCUCUGUUCGUCUGUCUGUGCGGAUCCAUUGUUGGGCUGCAGGUGUUGGUGGGUCUGCAGUUUCUGCACCAGAAGGCCAUAAUCCACCGCGACAUCAAACCCCAAAACAUACUUGCCAACUCCAAAGGUCAGUCACUGACUGACCGACACACAGCAUAGACUCGUUAUUCACAGUGUGCCUGUGGUUACAUCCCUUCCCUUUGACCUGUCUGGCUGCAGGUUUCAUCAAGGUGUCAGAUUUCGGCAUCGCCAAGUCCGUCACGAGCAUGAACAACACCUUCGUCGGCACUUCCAUAUACAUGUAUGUAUGUAUGUACCCGUAGCUGCACACAUGUACACACCCAUUCACAUACAUAAUCAGUCCAUCAAGGCGAUCGCACAAUGCGUGUGGGGUGGGGCUGUGGUGUCUGGUGCAGGAGUCCCGAGCGGGUGCUGGGUCAGGCGUAUGACGUGUCGGCGGACAUAUGGUCGAUGGGCAUGGUCUUCUACGAACUCAUCACAAAGGCAAGACAGACACACAGGCACACAGACAGACACGUUAUCGAGCGGAAGAAGCACGAUGCGCAUAUCAACGACAUGAGUCAAGAGCUGUGUUGACUUCUUCUCAGGACCCUCCCAUUCAGAACCAGAACAACUUCACGGAGCUGUUUGAUGUGCUCAUCAACAAACCGGGUACACAGCACAGCGCUCUACAGCAGUGGCAGACAUGUCAUUCAUUCAUGGUGUCCUUGGCUCUCUUUCACUCAUUCGCUUAUACGUCCAGAGCCCCGUUUGUCGGCAGCGUACGACCAGGGCCUGCGGGAUUUGGUCGAGGGAUGGUACGUGUGGAUGUUUACGUGCAUGCGUACACACAAGGGGUCCUGAUGUGUGCACAAUGUGUUCGUGCAGUCUUCAGCGCGACCCCAGUAGGCGAGCAUCCGUUGAUGACCUCCUGGUAGGCACACACACAAACAGCCAGAUAGACAGACACGACAGACAGACACGAAUGGGUGGGGUGCAUGAGUGCCAACGUCAAUGUGCUGCUGUGCUUGGGUGAUCCGCCCGUCCUUCAGAAACACCCGUUCCUGAGUGGCGGGCCGAAUGUCGAUAUCGUCAGACAGUAAGCGAGAACAAACCUACCUACACGCGACCGAGAAACAUCGUCUCGCAUGUGCCUGUCUGUCUGUCUGUCUGCCUCUCCCACUGUGGGCCUAUGUGUGCGUGUGUAGGUUCUUUGAGUAUGCAUACAGCGCUUAGGAGACACACAAACAUUGCAAAGGAGCAGCGGUCUUUCCAUCCAUGAGUGAUGCGUACGUAGUGCACAUACGUGUACGUGUACGUGUGUACAGACAGACAGGUUGCCGACUGUUUGGCGUAUUGUGUCAGUUGUGCAUCCAUAUGGUAGAAUCUCUCCGCGUGUCCAUCUGUGCUUUUAUGUGUCCGUCUGUGGGUGUCGAGCUGUCGUGUUGAUUCUGCACAGUGACGCGACACAAACGCUACGACGCACAAUACGGACUCGUGCAUGUAUACAAGCAUCUGAAUGGCACAAAGGCACGCCCCGUG